CCGCCCCGGACCGCCAUGAGGGCCGCGCUGGUGGGGUACAGCAGCUCCGAGGAGGAGGAGGAGGAGGAGGAAGGGGGGCGGCAGGGCGGCGGAGCCCGGGCCUCCCCCCGGGUCUCCCCCGGGGCCAGCACGGCCCGGCCCCGGCUGCCCGUCCCCGAGUGCGUGCUGAACAUGUUCAGGGACCAGGAGGAGGAGGAGAGGGCUGCCGAGGACAGUUCCAAGCACGGCGGACGUGUGCGCAGCUUCCCCCACGAGCGGGGCAAUUGGGCCACCUACGUCUACAUGCCCUACAAAGUCCAGGAGGAAUUCCUGGAGUUGCUGGACCUCCUAGUGUCCCAUGCUCGUACCUAUGUCUCCUCACUCACUGCCAUGGAAGAGUUCCACAUCAGUCUCUCACAGAGCGUGGUGCUGCGCUAUCACUGGAUAAACCCCUUUGUCCAGUCCCUCAAGGAGCGCCUGGCCUCCUUUGACAGGUUCUUCUGUGUAGCUAACCAAAUGAAAGUGUAUACCAACCAGAACAAAACCAGGACCUUCAUUGGACUGGAGGUCUCUGCUGGGCAUUUCCAGCUGCUGGAACUGGUCUCAGAGGUGGACAAAGUUAUGGAGGAAUUUGACCUCCCCACGUUCUACAAGGACCCGUCGUUCCAUAUCAGCUUGGCCUGGUGUGUUGGGGACCUGACUGGCAGCCUGGAGGGGCAGUGUCUGCAGGAGCUCCAGGACAUUGUGGACAGGUUUGAGGACUCAGCGCUCGUUCUGCGUGUCCAAUGGGAGCAAAUCCGCUGCAAGUCAGGGAACAAGUUCUUCUCCUUCCCCUUGAGGUAGGGCCUGGUAGGUUUCAGAGCCCUGAAGACCCUGCUUUUCAGCAAAGAACUGUUCUCCAGCACAGCUCUAAGCAGUGGAAGCUGUCACACACCUCCCACGUUCUUCUUGUCUGCUCAGCAGCUUUGGGGAGUUUGUGGUAUCAAACUGCGCGACUUCCAGGUUUGAGUUUCUGGCUGAAGAAAUGUGUGUGUGUGGCAGAUUUCCUACAGCAGCGUGCUGUCAGCAGCUAGGAUGUGCUUCAGUCAGCACUGGUGGUUCCAACCAUCCCACAGUUGCUGAUUUUUAAUUUAUAUAUGUAUAUCAAAGCCAUAGAUGCCUUAUGUUAAAGAGAAAUAAGGUAGCGUGGGAAGCUCUUGCUAAAGGAAGUAUGUCUCACACGGUUGGAAAUAGCACCAACUUCUUGUCAGGAGGCUUGGAGCGUGCUGACUGCUGAGCUCUGGGUCCCUCGUUCCGAAAAGCAAGAGACAAGGAUGCAGAGCUAGACUCUUGCACCAAAGCAUCUCCCUACCAUAACCCAGCCCGGAGAAGUUCAAGGGUCAUGUUCUGUGUCCAUCUCACGCUGUUGCUGCCUCUACAGAAAAAUUACGGUAUCAGAUUCUUUCACCAGACAGCAAAAAGAUGAAAUCUCGGCGGAGAGGUUGGAAACCCCUGGUGUUUCAGUGCUAACCCAGCGUGGCUUCGGGCUGGCUUUAAAACAACGGCUUUGUUUUAAGAUCGUGUGUGUCAAAAGGACCAUUCCGGAGGGCAGCUUCCCGGCAGAAGCUUGCUGUCAUCCUAGGGCGAGCCCAAGAGAGGGCAGCGUCGGCUCUCAUAUCGUGACUGAGCUGGAAAGGCGGUGCCUGCUGCUGAGCGAGACAAGGAGUGGCACAUGCACUUCCCCGUAAAAACAACGCCGUCGGUGCAGUGAUGACCCUGUUGACUGUGGGCUGGACUUUGUCCCUUGAGGGAAGGUCCUUUCUAUCCUUUGUCCUGCGGGAAGGUCUGCUGCAGCCUCUUAGGUAUUCAGAGCAAGGUGACAAUGUGCUGCCCUGAAUCUUUCAUCUCACGUUUGUCUGAUGAAAAGCUGUGAGGCUGCUUCUGACGGUAAAAUCUGCCUCCUCAUGCCAUAAAA